AGCAGUCUUAGUCGAGGUCUCACUUGUUAGCCCUGCCCUGGGACCUGCUUCUCUAAAUUCUGUAGCCUGCAGCAUUUUUCCGCCUUCGCCGUCGACCGUACACUUCCCUUCCUCGAGUGACUCUUUCCAAAAAACUUUUUCCAUCUUCAUCAGACAGUGACAAGUAAAUCUUUGAGGUUUUACAAGGUUUUGUUCGCAGCACCCAUGGGAGAAAUGACGGAGCAAAAGAAUUUUUCGGAGCUUAUUACUCAGAUAUUGCAAGAGGCGCCAGCUGCCAGGAAGGAUCUUGUUGAUAACUACAGCAACCUCCUCCGAGUGGCAGAUUACUGCGAUAACAAUUAUGUUCAGGCAGAGGAUUCGACCAAGGCUGUUGAAGCGGCCAAGGCUUUGGUCACCCAGGCAUUGGCCAGUGUGACCUAUCAGAUAAACACUGUGGCCAGCUCUGUGCUGAGACUGCUGGAUUUACAGGCCAAGCAGAUUAAAGACAUGGAGUCUUCCGUCAACCUGAUGUCACUGGCUGCAGCUUUCCACUUGGAAAAGGUGGCCAGGAGAGAGAUUGGCAUGUUCACUACUCCCAAAAACAGGACUUAUUCCCAGUCUAUGACCCCACCAGCUAAAGGCAGGGAGCCGGAGGAACUCUACUCAAGGGAGCCAAUAUCAUACUCCAUACUGGACACCAUAGGACACAGUUUUCAGGUCAUUGAACCACAGCCCAGAAAAAGAGCAGGAACUACAGACAGCGUACAGACCACUGCAGAGCCCACUUUAUUCAGUCACGGUAUCGCUGUGCCAUUACCCUCAGUCCCCACCAGCACCAGCCUUGCUCCUCCUCCUCCUGCUUCAGCCAAUGUGGACCCCAACCUGCCUGCUCCCCCACCGCCUCCCUCUCUCUCCAUGGCCGCUGACCUUCCCCCUCCGCCCACCUUCUCCUCACCCACAGAUCUCCCCCCACCUCCCCCUCCACCACCUAUCAGCCCGUCAAACAGCAUCUUCCCUCUUCCUCCUCCACCUCCUCUUCUAUCAGGAGCCCCAACCCCACCUCCCCCUCCACCACCUAUCGGCUCAUCAGACGGCAUCUUCCCUCUUCCUCCUCCACCUCCUCUUCUAUCAGGUGCCCCAACCCCACCUCCCCCUCCACCACCUAUCAGCUCAUCAGACAGCAUCUUCCCUCUUCCUCCUCCACCUCCUCUUCUAUCAGGAGCCCCGACCCCUCCUCCUCCUCCACCUCCUCUUCGAUCAGGAGCCCCGACCCCUCCUCCUCCUCCACCUCCUCUUCGAUCAGGAGCCCCGACCCCUCCUCCUCCUCCUCCACCACCUUUCAAUACUGGCUCAUCUAUUAUUGCACCACCACCUCCCCCUCCUCCCCCACGACUGUAACAUUACAGUUUGUGAUUUGUACUUGGUACAAUAACUUCUUAUAUUACUUGCAGUUACUCACAGACUGAAAAAGCACGUGAGAGCAAAAUUAGGUAUUAAAAAGAAAAAAAAGCUUGAGAGCUUCUAGUGGUUCAAAGUCAGCCUAUGUCGAAUGGCCAAGUGAGCCUGAAAACAUUUUUUUCAGGCACACAAAAUCCCAUUAUGCAAGUAAAUUCUGUUGGUACAGAGAGCCGCUGUUCAGAUUCCUCCAGCAUGUUUCAACAGCACCUCAACUACAUUCCUUAAAAACAAGCUGAAACAGGUGUACUUGCUCUCUGCUGUCAUCUUAUUUCCCCCCCAAAUGUGAUUUCCUUUCUUUAUCACACCUUCAUAUUGUUACCUCUAAUGGCAGUGGACUUUAGCCCAGUACAGAUAUCAGUAUGCUGUGCAUAACUGAUAAUAAAUUGCUUUGACGUUGGUUCCAAUCUAGGUGAAUUCUGCUCCUUAAACGAGUCCAUGAGGCUGUAAAUUCUCUGUUGUAAGUCAGCCCUCUGCUUAGCCUGCCCAUAGUUGAAGGUUUAAAAAAGAAACUCAUGGCCUUUAGUGAGCUGCUGCCUGGGGUCAUUUCUGUCUCGAUUGUCGCCAUCUGUGUGUUCAUAUUUUGUUGCCUGACUUAUAAUAGAGAACCAGGACACUUACGUUCAUCUAGCUCCAACAGUUCUCUACCUGUAUACACGAUCCCUGUAUUUGAGCAACAGGAGGAUGAGGAGGAAAUCAUUCGCAUAUAUGAAUUGUGUUUUCAGUCUUCUUGCAGAGAGCCUCCCGUGUACAGCCCAGGAGAUGUCAGCCCACCGCCUCCAUAUGUGCUCGAACCACCACCCUACCUCAACCCACCACCAUCGUCCUGCAUCAGCCAGUCAGCAGUACCACCACCACCAUACAUCGCUCCACUAUCAUCACCUUAACAUAUUGCCAUUUACGCCUUCCUCCAUCCGUUACCAGAUAUGUGCAUAUAUGUAGUCAUAAGUUUCAUUUGGGACAUUCAGUAUCUGCUCAAGAUUAAUCUACAUGUUAAAACGCCACAUUGUGGGAAGAAGAGUCGUUUACUCACAUAGUUGAGUUCAAACUGCAAAAUAUGUUUUGGUAACAAGUUUUGUCGUUCAUCUGUCUCUCUUCCACAGCAUGUCUUUUUGUCCCCCUCAACCCCAACCAGACAUGGCAGAUGGCUGCCCGCCCUUGAGCCUGGUUCUGCCAAAGGUUUCUUCCUGUUAAAAGGGAGUUUUUCC